AUGGACGACUACGACAAGAAGGUGAGGCAGGCCAGGGAGAAGGCGAGGAGGCGGCACAUGCCCGCGCCCACGCGAUCGCGCAAGCCCGACCUGCAGGUGUACCUGCCGCGGCGCCGAGAUGGUUCUACCCACCCAGGCAACCCAGACUGUGAGGAGUCCGAAUACGAGGCGAACAAUGGAGAGGUCACGUCAGUUAUCGUGUAUCAGGACGAUGACCCAGGAAGGGUGAGUGAGGAAGUGUCAGCACACACGCCUCUGGAUCUACCCAUGCGAGAGGCCCUCAAGUUGCCUAUCCAGGAGGAGAUUGCAAAGCGCCAGAGCCGACCCUGA